AUGACUACCAACUCUUUCGGCGGAGCUCUUCCUCGCUUCGACUUCCCUGCUCAACCACAACCCACCAUGUCUCGCAUUGCGCGCAUCAACAAAGCACUUCCAGUAGUCCUGUUCGCAGCCACAGUAACCGCAUUGGCUAUCAAGACAAGACAAAACUUCGAUGCACCCAUCACCACAUCAAUGUUGUUUGCGCGUCCCCAGAAUUUGGUACCUCAAGGGCAACAGGCAAGCAUGGGCAAGAGGAACGGCGAUGUGGGAUUGAAGCCGAAUCAAUGA